AUGCUCCACGCCAGCCGCAGCGCCUGUAGGCCGCAGACCACCAAGCCCGUGUGCAUCGUGACCGGCGGGUCCCGCGGCAUCGGCGCUGCGAUCGCGCUGGCCCUGGGGUCCAGCGGCGCGCGCGUGGUGGUGAACUACGCCAGCAGCCCCGACAAGGCUGAGGAGGUCGCAGCCCAGAUCGCCGCCGCGGGCGGCGAGGCCAUCACUGUGAAGGCCAACGUGGCGAAGCGCGAGGAGCUUGAGGCGCUGGUCAAGGCGGCCACGGACAAGUGGGGGAGCCUGGAUGUCCUGGUCAACAACGCGG